UUUCCUCCAUCAUCAAAGAAAAAGCCUCAAAGCCUAAAACUUCAUCUCCUUCCCCUUCACUCUCUAAUGGCCAUAAACUCUUCUUCUUACACGAAAAUAAGAAAACCUAAUAACAACAACUCCUCCAUGCCAACCCUAACUCAUCUUCUCUACCUUCUCUUCAUCUCUUUCCUCUUGUUCAUCCUCCUCCUCCACUUCCCUCCAUCUUCUUCUUAUACUAGUUCGCCAACCUCCUCCAUUAUCAAACACUUUUCCGGUGAUCUACGUAACAUCACCUUCUCAUGGAACAGUCUAAAGCUCACCGGCGACAAACCUCCACCAACUCAACUAAAGAUCGCCGUCUUCUCAAGAAAAUGGCCGGUAGUCACUGCCCCAGGUGGCAUGGAACGCCACGCCAUGACACUCCACUACGCUCUCGCAAGACGCAACCACGACGUCCAUGUCUUCACUUCCGCACCAUCUCCCGGAGACCUCCCCGCAGACGGCCAAACCAAACCAGCAUCCCUGCACGUCCAUCACAUCCACGCUCUUCCUGGCCAAUGGAAGAGUGAUCUUGCCUGGGAGCUCUUCGACACCGAGAACGCUCGCGGAGUGUUCGACGUGGUGCACAGUGAGAGCGUCGCUUUGUUCCAUCGCCAAGCAAGGCACGUCCCCAACCUCGCCGUGUCCUGGCACGGCAUUUCGCUUGAAGCUCUCCACUCCGGCAUCUAUCAAGACUUAACCCGCUCGCCGGACGAGCCCAUCUCUCCAGCGUUCAACCAAAGCCUCGCACACUCUAUCUACAAAGUACUAGAUGAAAUCCGCUUCUUUCAUAGCUACAAACAUCACGUCGCCAUUAGUGAUAGUAGUGGGGAAAUCCUAAGAGACGUAUACCAAAUCCCUCCUGACAGAGUCCACGUCAUACUCAACGGUGUUGAUGAGGAAAACUUUGAGCCAGAUAAAGCUUUAGGUAAAUCUUUCCGGGAAGAAAUAGCGAUACCAAGUAAGGCACUUGUGGUGUUUGGAGUUGCCGGGAGGCUUGUCAAAGAUAAAGGGUACCCUUUGUUGUAUGAAGCUUUCUCUAAGUUCAUGUCUUGGCAUCCGGACGUCUACUUAGUGGUGGCCGGAAGUGGACCAUGGGCGAAGAGAUUUGAAGAUCUUGGAUCAAAUGUGAAGGUUCUUGGUGCAUUGCCGCCAGCCAAAUUGAAAGCAUUCUAUAACUCUUUAGAUUUGUUUGUGAAUCCAACCUUGAGGCCUCAAGGUUUGGACUUGACGUUGAUGGAAGCAAUGGAAUGUGGGACGGCCGUGGCGGCGACGAGGUUUCCCAGCAUUAAAGGGAGUAUUGUUGUGGAUGAUGAGUUUGGGUAUAUGUUUUCGCCGAAUGUCGAUUCUUUAAGGGGAGUUUUGGAUACGGCGGUGGCCGAGGGUGCAGGAAGGUUGGCUGAGCGUGGUAGAGCUUGCCGGAGUUAUGCGAAGGGGAUGUUUGGUGCAAGGAAGAUGGCAUUGGCAUAUGAGAGGUUGUUCUUGUGCAUUAAGGAUGAUAUGUAUUGUAAGUACCCUAUCAUAGACUUUGAUAUGUGAGUUUGGUUUGUUUGUUUUGUUUGUUUUGUUUGAUCGAAUGAAUUAAUACUUGAUCGAUUCAUAUUGUUAAAAAUUUAGUCAAAGCAUGUGAG